AUGCUUAAAAGAUACCCAACCCCAAUUUUAAAGCCAUACUGGCCAUUUUUUGUUGGCGGUCUAUUAGUAUAUUGGGGGGCAUCUAAACUUACUAAUACCAUGUUACAUAUUGAUGAAUAUGUUAAUGAUCCAAGAAAUCCUAGAUUUAGUAGAGGUGAAAAGUUGGUUGAAUUAAAUAAGGAAUGA